GAGAGGCUACUGAUUAUAUACACAGACCUAAUUUUCAAAUGAGAGGAGGAAGAUAAGGUGAAGAAGAAGAAUAGUUUGUGAUGGCAAUAAGAGCUUACAUUACUACAUUGAUUUCAUCCAUUCAAGCAGCUGAAAACACUCAAGAAAAAGGCAAUGGUUUAAGCUUCAGAAGGAAAAUGGUUACAGAGAGUAAUGGAAGAGGAGGAGAAGGAAGAAGAACACUCCUCCUUUCAGCCAUGGCUGCUGCCACACAAGUUAAUGACUCCAAGACUGAGCUUCUUCAAAAGUACCUGAAGAAAUCAGAGGAAAACAAAACUAAGAAUGAUAAGGAGAGACUAGACAGCUAUUACAAGCGCAAUUACAAGGACUACUUCGGGCUUGAAGAAGGCACACUUAGACAGAAGAAAGAACUUACAGAAACAGAGAAGAGUAUUCUUGAUUGGCUUCAAGCUAACAAAUAAAAUGUACCCUCUUCCAAACGAUGCCAUUUCAAUUCGAUUUAGAAGAAGAUCAUGUGCUACUAGUGAGCAAGUUAUCUGUUGCUUUGCAUUUUAGAAUAGAAUCUCCAUUUACAUAUACCUUCUCUUUUCAACUUCUAAGCUCUACCCUGAGAGAAAAAAGAGCUAAUAUUAUGGUUGUCACAACAAAAUUCAAAUCCCAUAACUCAGAUC